GGUGCAGAGGUUUCUCUGUGCAGCACUAAGAGCUUACACACCACGCUGGUCCUAAACAGAUCAAUCAUGCGUUUGCUGAUGGGAACCGAGUCCAAGUGGAGGCUGUGGCUGAGCGCUAUCUUUCUUUUGGCUGUAAUCUGUGAGUUAGAAGCCAAAAUAGAGACGACAUCCACAACAAAAAAACCCAAACUUGGAAGAACAACAAUUAAACGGCAAAGAGCCGAGACGGAUAGAGCAAAGAUCAAACCUACAGCUGCAGCUCAGACCAAGGCAUCACUCACCCAGGUUGUUGGCAGAGGCUUGUUUAAAAAAGUUGGAGAGACUCUGAGUGUGCAGACAGGAGACACACUGAGCCUGCGGUGCAGGGGCAAACCUGUGCAGUGGAGCGUCCCUCCUAAUGUGGAAGAGGAUGAGGAUGAAGGAAGGCUCAUGAUCACCCAACAAGAGAAAUUCAGCUCCCUGACAUUAGUCAACACUACUGUUGCAGACACGGGGGAGUAUACCUGCUAUCCAAUGUACCGUGAAGACAGAGACUGCAGGAGGGUGUACAACAAAGCUGUUAAAGUCUUCAUCUUCUUUCCAGAUCCACGAGAAUUAUUCGUCCCAUCGUCGAACCACUAUGAAAUGAUCCAGCUUAGAAGAAACUGGCCUGCAGUCCUGCCCUGCCAGGUGACGUCGCCUGAGGCCAAAGUCACUCUGCAUCGUGAAUUCCCCCCGGGGGAGGUCCCAGUGGACGGGACGGAGAUCUCCUUUAACAACAGGAAGGGCUUCACCAUCCAUCGGCCACAGCUUCAUCACGCAGGAGUAAUGCAGUGUGUGGCCCUGCUGGGAAACCUGAGGCAGAGCUCCACCAAGUACAUCCUCAUCUAUGUAAACUAUCCAAUUGCUCCUCCUGCUCCAGUGAUCAAGGCAUCAUCAAGCUCAGUGACUGUUGGGGACAACCUUCGUGUUACCUGUGCUGCAGCGGGAGAACGGGACGUGCUCAUAGAAUUCAACUGGGAAUAUCCGGGACAGCAGAUAGGGAGGCCUCUGUACACAGAAGAGACGAGGAUCCCAGUGAGCGGAGACGCCUCUCAGCAGCAGUUUCAGUCCGUUCUCCAGGUGGAUGAGGUGAGGGAUGUGGACCAGGGAACAUACACCUGCACUGCCCAGAACCUUCAGGGGGCCAAGUCAGUGUCCACCACAGUUAAAGUGCUCGCAAAAGCCAAAGCUAAGAAAGGAUCACGCUCAGAUGGACGGAGCCAGUGAAAGGAGAGAGGAAUCCGAGUGGUCACAUAUAAAAAAAUACAACUAAAUAACAUAUUCUCCCUUUGGUGGCUGAGUGAUGAAAUCAUGCUAUAAGAAGCAGGAAUAUUUUGAGGCAAAGGUCAGUUGUUACAAUUUGGAAAAUGAAAGUUUUUUUGU